CACGAGGAUGUUUAAAAUUUAGUCAUAGCAAGAAACUAAGAAACCAAACUUAUCAUUCAUGGCUUCAUUACAUGUUCUGCUCAAGUUUCAGUUUUUUGUCUUGUUACUACUUCGGCUGCAAAUAUUAGCUUCUGCACAAAUACCGACCACUGCUUACGGAGGAAUAGCAAAGCCUGGUUGCCAGUCUCUGUGCGGGAACGUCAGAAUACCCUACCCAUUCGGUAUCGGUGUAGGUUGUUACAAACAAUUGGAUUUCAAAAUAACCUGCUUCAACGGUGAGCCAAAGUACGAUAGAUUAAAUGUUACAAACAUAUCGUUACUCGAUGGUGAGAUGACGAUCGAAGCCCCAAUAGCCACAAGUUGUUUGGAAAAACGUAGGAGAUCUAUAUAUGAAUCAUAUUCUGAUAUGUCGUUCGAGCUGGGAACACUCACCGUGUCUCCUACAAAAAAUAAGUUCAUAUCUAUUGGUUGCGACACCUCGGCGGAGAUGAAAAGUAAGUUCGAUCUAUAUGGUCAACAUAUUGGUGAGGGGUGUUCAGACUGCAGUAAAAAGGUAGCCAUAUCUGAUGGGUCUUGCAACGGUAUGGGUUGUUGUAUGACCUCCAUCCGAGAUAGAGUAACGGAAUCUAAUGUGACAAUUAGAAGACAGGACAGUUUGAAGAAUGUGAGCUUUGAUAAUUCUUGUGUUUAUGCUUUUAUAGCUGAAGAAAAAUCGUUCAGGUUUUCUUCGACAUAUCUGCAAGAUUUCAAAAAUAAUGGGACUGGAAGUGUCCCGGUGGUGCUUGAUUGGAAUAUUGGUUUUGAUCGGACAUGCGUAAAUACAGAAUGUGGACCUAAUACUUUCUGUACACCAGCCAAUAACGAUGGUAACGGUUAUCUAUGUACUUGUAAACCGGGUUAUACAGGAAAUCCUUAUCUUACCAAGAGUUCUGUUGGUCAUUGCCAAGGAGGAAGUUCUGAGAGUGGAGGCGUUCCCCAUAGUAAAUUUAACAAAAUCGCUGCUGGUACCUGCCUAAUCCUAUCUCUAGUGGUAACCAGAUUGGUAUCGGGGAUAAGUAUAUGAAACUCACCAAGUCGUUCUUCAAGCAAAUAAAUCGGUGUGUUGGUGUCAAAGUGAUUCCUUGAUGAAUGUAAGACUAGCAGAAAAGUCUCGUGCAACUCGAAAAGGAGAACAAUAAUUGCCCAAAGUCGAAACUGAGGGACGCGCAGCUGGCUUUCCUCCUGGCUGUAUAGCCUAGCUGUACUCUGAAAUGUGAUGUAAUGUCCCUUGAUGUUAUAAGUGUGUGAAUGGCUGUAAUCUUUUUCUUCAGUGAGAAUGUUUACAUUGUAGAUCUAACCUUGC